CGACAGUCCAACUGCCGACAACCGACCUAACAACUUCUCUCAUUAAAAACAACAAUGUAUAGAAAAAAAUUAAACGAUAAACCUAAAAGUCUACUCCAUUCAUUCAGUGAACAUUUUUAGAACGAUGAAUAUAAUUGAGCUCAAAAUAAUUGUGUGAGAAACUAAAUUGUGGUUUGAAUAAAACUUUAUUUGAUAAUGGCUGAUAAGUUGAAUGAGUAUCAAGGGGUUACGGGGAGGUUGCAUUCUACGAGGGAUAAGUGCAAGGAACGAUGGUCGCAAUGGAAGGAAGAGCAUCCUCGGGGAGUGAAAGAGGCUGUAAGGGAAGCCUUAUUCGCCGUACCCACAUCUGAUGAGCCUCCUGAGAGGGUGACACAUGAGGGAGAAUAUAGUGAUUUAUACAGGAGAAAAAGUAGACUCGAGCUGAUGCGAAUAUCGGCAGCAGUUAUGGGUAUAGAAUUCUCAUACGCCGGAGAGACUGCAUUCGUUUCGCCAACACUUUUGCAAAUCGGUGUUCCUCAUCAACAAAUGACCCUGGUAUGGGCGCUGUCGCCGCUUAUAGGGUUCUUUAUGACGCCGCUCCUGGGCUCUUUGAGUGACCGUUGCCAGUCCAAGUAUGGAAGACGACGACCGUUUAUUGUUUUGAUGUCAAUUGGAGUUUUUUUGGGCUUAAUUCUAGUUCCCAAUGGAGAGGACAUUGGUUACGCAAUGGGUGACGAAGGGUCUGUGAAUAGAACGGUUGUCCCAUCAUCGUUAGGCCCACGUAGUUCCGCACUUGAGAUCCAGAGUAACAACCACCAUCCCUGGGGCGUUCUGUUCACGGUUCUCGGGACUGUGUUGUUGGAUUUCGAUGCCGAUGCCUGUCAAAGUCCCGCUAGAGCUUAUUUACUAGAUGUGACAGUUCCAGAGGAUCAUGCCAAAGGCCUCAGUACAUUCACCGUUAUGGCUGGACUUGGAGGAUUCAUGGGCUACUCACUUGGAGGUAUAAACUGGGACGAAACUUCGUUAGGUGCUUUAUUCGGCGGCCAUGUUAGAGCGGUGUUCUUUUUGAUCACUAUUAUUUUUAUCGUAUGUGUAUCUGCUACCAUCACAAGUUUUAAAGAAAUCCCAUUGAACGAUCUCAAGGACAAUGAUGACUACAACAAAUUGAACGAUAGAGAUCAAAUUGAAGACAAUUUUAAUCAGGGAGAGAAUAUAGAAAAGAAUGGAUUAAAGAAAGAAAACAUUUCAUAUGGCUCCUUAAACCAACCUGACAUAAUCGUUGAGGAUGAAGUAAAUGGUACAAACACAAUAACAUUAAAGAUACCAGAAGCUCACGUUGGGGAGCCUCUGUCUCUCAAGCACUACCUCAAGUCUAUUGUGAUGAUGCCCAAGUCUCUACGUGUUGUGUGCCUCACAAACCUGUUCUGCUGGAUGGCUCAUGUCUGCUACUCUCUUUAUUUCACUGAUUUUGUCGGAGAAUCAGUUUUUGGAGGAAACCCUGCUGCGCCGGUGGGAAGUGAAAGUCGUAUAAAUUAUGAAGCUGGGGUCCGUUUCGGAUGCUGGGGGAUGGCGAUGUACUCGUUAUCUUGCGCUUGCUACUCUACUAUUAUUGAAAAGCUUAUAAAAAUGCUUGGGGCAAAGAAAGUGUACGUUGGUGGUCUAUGUACGUACAGCUGUGGAAUGAUGAUGCUGUGCCUCCUACGAGCUCGUGCUGCGGUUAUACUGUUCAGCUGGACUGCGGGUAUCAUGUACUCCACUCUCUUCACCAUGCCUUAUCUCCUGGUAGCGCACUACCAUGCUACUGGCAUGUGGGACAGCGAAGGAGGUGGCAGUGAACAGGAGCGCGGCAUCGGGACCGAUGUUGCAGUGGUCAGCAGCUGUGUCUUUGUGGCUCAACUCCUCAUAUCGGUGAUCAUGGGAUUCGCGGUGAAAAUCACCGGUUCAACAGCCGCAGUUGUAGCCGUUGCUGCCACGCUGGCAGGCGCCGCAGCAUUCACUGCUACCAAGAUCACUUAUCUCGAUUUGUAAAAAGCACCAAAGAUGUUACCGUCUUUAAUCGUGUCUAUUAUUUAUCUGCACACUCGCGAAUCACAAGCGGUAACGAGUACGGUACUUACGAGUUUACGAGUUUAAAAUGAUGAUUUACUGUAUCCGUAACUAAAACAUUAUUAUCAGCCUCUCCUCUCUCAUAGGAGAGAGGGAUUUAGAGAAUACUUUGGCGGAUGUUUUAAAUUGGCUGGCUUUAGCGACUAUUAUCAACAAUAAAUUAUAACCUUGGUCGGAAACCUAAAGAAUACACCGGGGCACUUUGGGGUUGGAACUGUCCAUUUUUCUGAUGAGGUUUUUUUUAAUAGAAAAACAUAGUAGGUACUUACGGUAAAUUUUUGGCCUAACCCAAGUAUCAAACUCAGUAGCUAGCAAUUAUCAGUCACACAUGUUAAUCGUUAGACUGAGGCAGAUAUUGUUGUUAAAUAAUAAUUUCAAUUAUUUUGGCCAAUUGGGUUGCAAUUAUAUAUAUAAUACAUUCGAAGUAUGCAUGAUUUAUGUUUAGUUAUGCAAUAUAUUCUAUCUGUAGACAUUGAUUAAAUGUAUAAUGUAAAUAAAAUUUAUUUAGUAUAAGCUGUUAUAGUUAAAUUUCGUAAUAUACUUUACCAAGAGUGUAGUAAGCACAAGUAU